UCGUCCCGUCUCGGGGUCCCGACCCGCGCCGGCGGUUAGCGGGGACUCGUGCGGGCGGUCGUCCGGGCCCCCGCCCCCGUCCGGCCGGCGCGGCCGCGUCCUCCCAGGAGCGGCCGAGGGCCUGCGGCGGGAGAGGCCGGCUUCUCCCCUUUUUCUGGCCCUAAAAGCAGGACUCGUUCCAACAGCCUGUAAAACAUGGUGGAUUACUAUGAAGUUCUAGGCGUGCAGAGACAUGCCUCCGCCGAGGACAUUAAAAAGGCGUAUCGGAAACUGGCAUUGAAGUGGCACCCAGAUAAAAAUCCUGAGAAUAAAGAAGAAGCGGAGAGGAAAUUCAAACAAGUAGCUGAGGCGUAUGAGGUGCUCUCUGAUGCUAAAAAACGGGACAUCUAUGACAGAUAUGGCAAAGAAGGAUUAAAUGGUGGAGGUGGAGGUGGAGGUGGAAGUCACUUCGACAACCCGUUCGAGUUCGGCUUCACAUUCCGGAACCCAGAUGAUGUGUUCAGGGAAUUUUUUGGUGGAAGGGACCCGUUUUCAUUCGACUUCUUUGACCCAUUUGACGACUUCUUUGGGACUCGGCGGGGUCCGCGUGGGAGCAGGAACCGGGGAACCACCUCGUUCUUCUCUGCCUUCACGGGGUUCCCAGCUUUCGGCGGAGGGUUUCCAUCUUUUGAUGCAGGAUUUACUUCCUUCGGGUCAAUAGGCCAUGGGGGUCUCACUUCAUUCUCUUCCACGUCAUUUGGUGGUAGUGGGAUGGGCAACUUCAAGUCCGUAUCGACUUCUACCAAAAUUGUUAACGGAAGAAAAAUCACUACAAAGAGAAUUGUCGAGAAUGGUCAAGAAAGAGUAGAAGUUGAAGAAGACGGCCAGUUAAAGUCCUUGACGAUAAAUGGUGUGGCCGACGAGGACGCCUUCCGGGAGGCCUGCCGGCUCCGAGGCCAGCACGCGCUGCCCGAGCAGCCCGCCAGCACCAGCGCCCGCCCUCUGAGGUCCCACAGGCCCACCCCACCGCCCAAGCACGAGGACGAGGACGAGCCGGGCCGCCAUCGGGCCGCCAGCCACUGGGACCCCUCCACCUUCUCAGCAGGACUCAAGGACGGCGGCAAGAGGAAGAAGCAGAAGCACCGAGACGAGUCCAAGAAGAAGAAGUCGACCAAGGGGCAGCACUAGAGCGCCGGCCGCCGCGGCGUCGCGCUGUGUGGUGUGUGCGAUAGGUAGGGCGCCUGCUCCCCGCCCUGUCACCUCCUCGGCCUCGGGACGCGGACUGGCGGCCAGUCAGGCGGCGGGCGACGAGCGUGGGGCGGUGGCGUGAGCGCCCGCCCUGGCCUCAGCCCAGCUCUAAGAUAGCGAUUCCUGGGCAGCGGUCGGGGCUCUCGCUUGUUCUUGACGGUGCGGCCGCCGUGCAAACCCUGACGCAGCGCUAGCUUUCGGGGCUGACGGGCAGACAGGCACCGGGGCUCUUCCUGGGCUGGUGGGAAUCGGGGGGUAGUGAGUGUAGUGACUCCAGGCAACACACAUCACCCCUGAGCGGGGCCGCAGGGGUCAGACCUCAGCCCCGUCGUGGCCCCAUCCCUGUCUGCCCCGUCACUGAGCUUUUAACCCGACCCUCGGAUAGAACCGCCGGUGCCAAGUGUGCUGUGAUGAGUGCUGGUCCCCCUCUCUUCCCACCCGUCACUGGUCCCGUGGCACGAGCCCGGGCUCCGAGUUUAGGGUGCCGGGAGGCAGGCGGCUGCCUGGCAUGUGGGCGCCAGGAGGCACGAACUCGAGUUUCAUCUGUGGACGCGGCCCUCCUGUCUGCCGGCCUCGCCUCUGCUUUCUCUGCACCGCCCGCUGCCUAGCGCUGUGCCUUCCGCUGCGGGCGGGCGCCCAGCUGCUCCCUCCCUGUGGCAACGACUCCUCCGCUAACACGAGAGCCUGCUGUCCACCGCCUUCCCCUCGCCCCCGCGCAAACAAAGGAAUUGUGAAAAGUGUGGAUGUGACGUAAAAAUGCCAGCAACUCGGACCCGCAGCGCUGAGCCGGCGGCUCGGGCUCGGCCUGUGCCGCGCCUGGUGUGGCGUGUGGUCCUGAUGUGGCGGCCGCGGGCGCUGCUCUCGUGUGGAUGGGGGCGCGCUGCGGGCUGGGCCGGGCAGUGCUUGUGGGAACGGCCAGCACGGUGACCUGACCGGGCGCCACCAUGGAAUAAAGUGUGAGCACCA